AUGUGGCACCCGAGAGGUAGAUUGAUUGAUAUUGCAGGAGAGUCAGGGACCUUCAAACUCGGUAUUGCAAGGUCUGCUCUAAUAUGUGACGUGCUGAAUGAGGCAGGUUGGGGUUUUAGACGUUGUCGGGACAGAAGUAUGCAAGAGCUCAUAAGCUUGGUGGAAGCUCAUCCUCUGCCAGUAAAUAGGCAAGUGCAAGAUGAUGUUUUGUGGCGCAAAAAUGAUGCUGAUUUCUGCAAACAUUUCUCCACUUCAGAGACAUGGCACAGAAUUCACACUCAUAACCCACCCCAAGACUGGAGUAAAGUGGUCUGGUUCUCAUUUGGAGUGCCGCGGUUUGCAUUUAUAACCUGGCUGGCGGUGAAGAAUAGACUUUCCACUGGUGCUAGAAUGCGUGCUUGGGGUCAAACACAAGGUUGUCUGUUUUGUGGGGAACCCUUUGAGUCGAGAGACCAUUUGUUUUUUGCCUGCCUUUUUACCUAUAUGCUUUGGAUCGAAACAGUAGGCACUUUGUUAGGGAGACCCCCUGAUCCGGACUGGGAAACCACUCUACAGUACCUUACGACGCAUAGUUUUGGUUACCUCAACUACAUUCUUCUGAGACUGGUUUUUCAAACUACUAUCUACAUGAUUUGGAGGGUGCACAAUGAUAGGAAGCCUCUUAAGAAGCCAACAUGGUCAACUGGCCAAGAUCAUCGACAAAACUGUGAGAAAUAG